AUGCAAGUGUUGAAGAUGAACACACUGCAUGUUGUGCUGGGAGCAGUGUUGGUGGUGUUGAUGCAUGUAUUCAAAGUGUUGGUGUUGAGGCCAAGAUCACUGAGAGCAAAGCUUCAGAGGCAAGGGAUUCAUGGUCCUUCACCUCACUUCUACUUUGGCAACAUCCCAGAAAUGAAGACCCUUUUGCUUCAAGUUCAGUCAGCACCAACCAUACAAGUCCAAGACAAACAUGUUUCUAUUUCUCAUACAUGGCCCUUCACUUUGUUCCCUCACGUCCAAAAGUGGAUCCAAAAAUAUGGGCCCAUAUACUUGUUUUCUUCUGGGAAUAUACAGUGGCUAAUGGUGGCAGAUAUAGAGAUGGUGAAGGAGGUCAUCAUGCACACAUCUUUGAACCUAGGGAAGCCUACAUAUCUAUCCAAAGAUUUGGGGCCACUCUUGGGCCAAGGUAUAUUGUCAUCAAGUGGGCCAAUUUGGGCACAUCAGAGGAAGAUAAUUGCUCCUGAACUAUACCUUGAUAAGGUGAAGGCAAUGGUUAAUCUGAUAGUUGAAUCAACAAAUAUAAUACUAAGGUCUUGGGAGACUAGACUUGAUAGUGAGGGAGGAGUUUUAGAGAUUAAAAUUGAUGAAGAUCUCCGAAGUUUGUCAGCUGACAUAAUCACCAGAGCUUGUUUUGGGAGCAAUUAUAGUGAAGGGAAAGAAAUAUUCUCAAUGCUUAGAGACCUUCAAAAACUCUUGUCCAAGAUACAUGCUGGAAUUCCAGGCUAUCGAUUCUUGCCAAACAAAAGCAACAGACAGAUGUGGAGAUUGGAGAAAGAGAUACACUCAAAGAUAUUAAAGAUUGUAAGACAACGCCAGGAGGAAACUCAUGAGCAGGAUCUUUUACAAAUGAUACUUGAGGGUGCAAAGAAUUGCAAGAGUAGUGAUGGCCUAUUUUCAAAUUCCAUCUCACGUGAAAGGUUUGUGAUAGAUAAUUGCAAAAAUAUAUUCUUUGCUGGACAUGAGACUACUGCAAUCACAGCAUCAUGGUGCUUAAUGCUGUUAGCUGUACACCAAGAUUGGCAAGAUCGUGCUCGUGCUGAGGUGCUUGAAGUUUGUGGAAACGGUGCUCCAGAUGCAAGUAUGCUUAAGAGCAUGAAAACGUUAACCAUGGUGAUUCAAGAGACUUUAAGGCUUUAUUCACCAGCAGCAUUUUCUGUUAGAACAGCUUUCCAAGAUGUUAGUUUAAAGGGUAUCCUAAUUCCAAAAGGAAUGAAUAUUCAGAUUCCAAUUCCAUUACUGCAUCAAGAUCCUGAAUUCUGGGGUCCUGAUGCUCACAUAUUCAAUCCAGGAAGAUUUGAAAAUGGGGUGCUUGAGGCAUGCAAGGUACCAGGAGCUUAUUUACCAUUUGGAGUAGGCGCACGGGUCUGCGUUGGACAGCAUUUAGCCAUGACAGAACUGAAGGUGAUUUUAUCUCUCAUUCUGAUGAAGUUUCAACUCUCUCUCUCACCAAGUUACUGCCAUGCACCUGCUUUCCAUUUGGUUAUAGAACCUGGCCAUGGAGUAGUUCUUAAGAUGACAAGAAUGUAA